AUGGAACAGAGGGACUUGGCAAUCGUAGAGAUGUUAGCAUCUACGGGUAUGCGCGUUGGUGAGAUGGUACUUCUUAAUAGGCAAGAUAUUGAUUUUGAAAACCGAGAAAGUAUUGUGUUUGGUAAAGGUGAUAAGGAACGAGUCGUGUAUUUUGAUGCAAGGACAAAGAAACAUUUAAUGGAAUACUUGGCUUCUCGCAAUGAUGAUAAUGAGGCUUUAUUUGUCACAUUAAGAGCUCCAUUUAAUCGAAUACAAAUUGGUGGUAUAGAGAGAAGCUUAGCUACUAUGGCAAUUGAUAGAGGAAUGCCAAUAGAACAGCUGCAGAAAUUACUUGGACAUCAAAGAAUAGACACGACAUUGCAAUAUGCAAUGGAUAAGGAGAAAAAUAUGGCUAAGGUAAAACUUGGUGAAAUUGCAGAUAUUACAAAACUAGCAGGUUUUGAGUUUACGAAAUACAUUAAGUAUAACGAUACUGGUGAAAUUAUUGCAUUAAGAGCGCUUAACCUUCGAAACGGACAACUUGAUUUAUCUGAUAUCAAAAGAAUUGAUAGGAAUGUAUCUGAUAAUCUUGUAAGAAGUAGGUUAUACAAAGGGGAUAUCUUAUUAACAUACACUGGAAACGGAUAUGGCGACUGUGCUUUGAUUGAGGAAAAUGAUAAAUAUCAUUUGGCACCCAAUAUUUGUAAAAUUACACCGGAUACUACUAAGGCAAUUAAUGUCAAAUUAUGUAACAGGAAGUGGACAGCCUACUAUACCAAUGAAAACUAUAAGGAUAUUAGAGGUUGA